CUUUUUGCCACUUUUUUCACAUAUUUCUUUUUGUUUGUGUUAUUUUUAUCCCUUACUUUUUAGCUUUUUUAGCGGAAUUUUAGUCACUGAUUUGAUCGGAAAUAGAAAACGACAUGACUGACAAGUGUCACCUGUCAACUCGUACUUCCUUUUUCUGUCUUUCACAAUGCAGGCUCCAGCAACUAAGCAGAAGAGAGAACCAAUCCACUCUGUCCAAGUUUUUGGCAGAAAAAAAUCUGCUACAGCCGUAGCUUAUUGUAAAAGAGGCCGAGGAGUUCUCAGAGUAAAUGGCAGGCCCCUUAGUCAAGUGGAGCCAAAAAUGCUCCAAGAUAAACUUCAUGAACCCAUUCUUCUGUUAGGAAAGGAUAAAUUUUCUGCAGUUGAUAUCAGAGUUAGAGUAAAUGGUGGUGGACAUGUAUCACAAAUCUAUGCUAUUAGGCAGGCAAUUUCAAAAGCUCUAGUUGCCUACUAUCAAAAAUAUGUUGAUGAGGCGUCAAAGAAAGAGUUGAAAGACAUUCUUAUCCAAUACGAUCGUACAUUAUUGGUAGCAGAUCCUCGUCGCUGUGAACCUAAGAAAUUCGGUGGUCCAGGUGCCCGUGCCCGCUACCAAAAGUCUUACCGUUAAGUUUUUAGGUUUAUUUUGUGUUUUUGUAUUUAUUUAGGUAUUUA